CUAAUCCAUAAAUUUGCAUUUUCUUCAUUAUUUUUAUAUAUUCUUUUGACAUCGUUUGUUAAAAUGUUAUAAAAUGAUCUUACAAUGAAAUUAAAUAUGAAGCAUCUAAUAUUAAUUGAAAAUACAUGAUCAUUCAUGGUUUUAUAUUUCCACAAAUGGUAGGUUUUCUAGGGAUUAUUCUUUUUACAGUGUUAUCAACUCUACAAGCUCAAACAUAAAAUUGGAAGAAGAAAAAUUAUAUAUAAAUUGAAGCAUUACAAGAAAAUUUUAUAAUGGGUUCUCAGCAGUUGUGUUUGAAAUGGGAAAAUCAUCAAACAAACUUGUUGAAUGGAUUUGAAAGUUUAUUAUCCAAUGAAUUUUUAGUUGAUGUUACAUUAGCUUGUGAAGGUCAGACCCUUAAAGUUCAUAAAGUAGUGCUAUCUGCAUGUAGUCCAUUUUUUCAAAAUCUUUUAAUUCAAAAUCCUUGUCAACAUCCUAUUAUAAUAUUGAGUGGUGUAAAGUAUUCAGAUUUAAAAUCAGUUAUAGAUUUUGUGUAUCAUGGUGAAAUAAACAUUGAUCAAGAUCAACUUAGUGCAGUAUUACAAACAGCUGAAUUACUGAAAAUUAAUGGAUUAGCUGAAUUAAAUGAUAAGCAAGAAAAUUGCAAUUCUGAAAUACAUAAACCAACUAAUGAAUAUUCUAAUAGUAUGCAGUACAUACCUUUAGAAGGAAAACAGGUCAGAUCCAAUAUAUUGGAAAAAACAAAUACCAGUAAUAAAAAUAGUAAUCAAAGUGAUGACAAUUUAAAUAUGAAAGCCUUGGGAGGUAUUAAACAGGAAAUUGCAAUAAAUAUAGAAAAAGUUUCUAAUACAGAAGAAAACACAUUUGAAAUUGAAUCAGAAGAAUCGCAUUUUCGUGCUGUAACUUAUCCACAAAUAAGGAAUGAUGUAGUUUCAUCAUCAUAUCAUUCAGUUUCUACAGAGAAUACUUCUACAAAAUCACUAGAUUAUAUUUUAUCUCAACCAUCGUCAUCUGUCAUAGAAGAGCAUUCAUUUAGUGAAUGUUCUGUUGCUCCGCCAAAAAUUCUUGAACAGAUUCCCAAACAAGAAUCCAUUUCAGAAGUUCCAGAACAUUUACCUUCAUCUGCAGUAGCACUUUCACAUUUAUCUUCAGUGAAUCUGAAUGAAACUCCUACUGAAAGGAAUCAAAUAGAGAUAUUUACUCCUCUUGCAGGUUCUAGUAAUUAUCAUCAUAAUAAACACUUGUUAAUAUUACCUGAAACACAAAUGAAAGAUAGAUCUCUUAUUUCAUCUUUUCGAUGGAAAAGCUCAAAUCGCAGUCUGCAAGAAGAUUCUGUAAGUCGUCUGCGAUGUUUGCAAUGCAAAAAGAUAUUUUCAACAUCAUCAAAUCUGAAAAGACACAUGGAGAUCCAUGUUUUAGAGAGGAAAACAUAUAAAUGUUUUGUUUGUCAUAAACGAUUUUCUUGGAAAACUCAUUUGAAUUCACAUCUUAGAAGAGAUCAUGGAUAUAAGACAUAAUAAUUUUAAAGGUAUCAAUUCUUUUUAAUUUUCUUUUCCAACAUUCCAA